GUCACUUGUCAGAUAGCCACAUCGCCAUGACUUGACGAUCCAGACUCUCGAUUCCUCUGUAGAUCAAUAAUAUGACAUAUCUGAUGCAUGAUUGCAUCACGCAUGAACGACGGUCCGAUCUCGUGGGUGACAGCCGCCGCGCAUCGAUCGAUCGGCUUGCAUCUGCGACGCCGCGGUUGUUCUCGAUCGCUUCGCGGCGCAACAGAGGUUGCCUUUUCUACCUGUCUCUAGACCAGAUGUGGGAGUCAGCGAUCAUCGGAUAUAUCAUCGUAUUUGAAAUUGGAGCGCUGUAUAAAGUGUUCAUGCUCCCACGGGGUUAGACAUAGCGCCGACACCAUGGAGAACUACAGCGGCUUCGACGCAGAUUCCCUGCGCUCCUCGUACCCUUCCACCGUCGCAUUGGACGACUAUCCCCCGUCGCAACAUGACAGACGUCCCAGUGAAAUCCUCCUCGGCUUCCCUCGUCCCCCAAGCAGAGCGCACAUCCUCGACAAUACGACCACCCUCGCCUCCAAACCCUCCAUCAAAACCCUCCGACGCAACUACAUGAUCCACGAACUCCCUCUUCUGCAACAACAAAACCCCUACGACGGAUCCAAGCAAUUCCACCCCGUCCACGAAGCCGGACUCUCCUACGACCUCAUCGCCCCGCUCGACGACACCCACGAAACCCCUCUCCACAGCCUGGAGCGUCUCGCGGACCUCAUGUUCUCCUCCGAACACAUGCUCUCGAUCCUCAACAACCCACGAUAUCUCGCGCGCUUUCGCGAGUUUCUCCUCGAGGAGCGUCCGCGCUCGUUGCGACAUCUCACCUACUACAUGACUGCGCGCAAAGCGCUCAAGGCAAUUGACUACGCCAAUGCGCUGGUGCGAUGCUUCAUCGAUGCCCCGCCACCUACAAUCGCUGUCUCCGGGCAAGUCGGAGAAGCGACGCACCCCGCACUGCAAUGGCGCGUCCAGGAGGCCCUCCAGGUACUCACCGACGAGGAACUCCCGGCGUUCAUCACAUCGCGCUGCAUCAACAUCACCAGUCAGGUAGUGGAGGAGCGCGUCCGAGGCACCCUGCCACAUAAGUUCCAGAAGACGUCCGAUGCGCUGGCGGAGGUAUUUUGUCUCACGGAUCCCUCAAGACGGGAUAAUCCGAUUAUCUUUGCAUCAGAGGAAUUCCACCGCACCACCCAAUACGGCAUGGACUACGUCCUCGGACGAAAUUGUCGCUUCUUACAAGGUCCCAAGACCAACGCAAACAGUGUCCGUCGGAUCCGAGAAGCCCUCGAAGCAGGAAGACAUCACUCGGAGCUAUUCCUAAACUACCGCCGCGACGGCUCCCCCUUCAUGAACCUCCUCCAAUGCGCGCCCCUCUGCGACAGCCACGGCAAAGUGCGCUACUUCAUCGGGGCGCAAAUCGACGUGAGCGGUCUUGCCAUGGACGGCGCACAAAUGGAGUCUCUCCGCGCGUUGCAAGAGAAACAGCAUCUAGAGGAUGAGGGGACACCACAACCAGAAUCAGUCCCGGAAACUCCACGAAGCGACGCAUUCCGCGAUCUCAGCGAACUGUUCAGUCCGCGCGAAUUGAGUCUCACGCACGAAGUAGGCGGGAAUCUCUUCCAACCGAGACCUAAGACUGCACUCAUGGAUAGACAUUCCCACGGCCAUGGUCGAUCAUGGUCCGUCACUGACUCGAUUGAGAUGGAAGCUAUCCGGGAGGUGGAUAUUAAGACGGAACUGUUUAAGGGCUCGUUGACGGGCGUUUAUGAGAAUUACCUCCUCGUCAGACCCUACCCCUCCCUCCGCAUCCUCUUCACCUCGCCCUCACUCCAAAUCCCCGGGAUUCUACAAUCAUCCUUCCUCUCCCGGAUCGGAAGCAGUUCGACCGUGCGGGACGAGCUCCUCCAUGCAUUGAUGAGCGGACGCAGCGUGACGGCGCGGAUUAAAUGGGUCACGCGGUAUAAUGCGCAGGGAAGGGAUCGGUGGGUGCAUUGUACGCCGUUGAUGGCGAGUAAUGGGGAGGUGGGGGUUUGGAUGGUUGUUGUUGUGGAUGAUGAAUAGUUUUCUUGGGUUUGGGUAAGAGGAAAGGGGAAAGGGGGAUAGGUAUCAUGUUGGGUUGUGCGGUGGUGUUGGGAAUGGUGAAUACUGGUAGAUGUAUAUCACGUGGUGGGUGGACGUCAUGGCGUAUUCUAGUGUUUGUAUCCUUCCUCUCUGCUGUUCCGUUCACAUCCACGAACCUAUAAAAUCACAUAUUCAUCUC